UUUCUAAUCAUCGCAUUUGGUAGCUUUGUGUAAAUGUUGUCAUUGCACGAGACCCAUUGGUAACUUCGAAGCUAUGACUGACUUGAGUGACUUGUUCAACACACUAGCUUUUGUAUAGUGACUUUUCCAACAUGCAAGUGUACCAAGAGACUUUGGAGAGGCGCUUUUAUGAGGACUUGCAAGUGCCAGUCCACGGUUGUGUGAUAGGAAACAUCCCUAGUGAAGUUUUGUCCAAGAUACCGUGUGCGUGGUGUAACAAGGACAAGUGUGAAUACUUGGAGCUGACAAAGAAAAACUUGUGCUUAAAGUACCAAGGACCUGGAAAGCGAAACGAAGACGCAGCAGCAGCAAGGACACUUUUUCCAGUACCAAGUUGUUGUGCCAUAUUCUAUUUUGAGAUUAAAGUAGUAAGUGCCGGAAGAGAUGGAUUCAUCGGUAUUGGCUUGAGUGCGGCCAACGUAAGUUUAAAUAGACUACCUGGGUGGGAAAGUAAUUCUUUAGGCUAUCAUGGCGAUGAUGGCAAUGCUUUUCGAGACUCGGGUACUGGAACUCCUUAUGGCCCUACAUUUACUACUGGAGAUGUAGUUGGUUGUUGUUGGAACUUGAUGAAAGGUGUGGUAUUCUUUACAAAGAAUGGUUUGGCACUCCCCAUCGCUUUUCGGAAUGUUGCGGGUAUUUUAUACCCCACUGUAGGUUUGCAAACUCCAGGAGAAAUAGUUGAAGCCAAUUUUGGUGGACAAAACUUUAUUUUUGACCUCUUAACUUAUGCCAAACAAGAGAAGUUGGACCUCAUGUCGAGGAUUUAUGGUCGACAACUUUACCUCGAAGACAACAAACUGAUGAACGACAUUUUAGACUAUUUGGUGCAUCAAGGAUAUACUUGUACUGCAGUUUCGUUUUCAAGAGACACCAAUCAAGGUGAAUGGGUUAACGAAGAACUCCAAAAGGCAGUUUCUAGGCACAGUAUCUGUAGUCUCAUCAGUCAUGGGUAUAUCGAUGAAGCUAUGAAAGAGAUGGAACAAGUUUAUCCUAAUGUUUGUCAAAACAGAAAGGUAGUUUUUCAACUAUUGUGCCAGAAGUUCGUGGAAUUGAUUCGCAAAGGAAAAGUUGACAAAGCGGUAGAACUUGGAAAGACUCAACUAGUAGAAUUGGUUACUUGUGAAGAUGAUUCAGAAAAUGCGAGCUAUCUCAAUGAGAUUUCUUCCUUGUUGGCAUAUGAAGACCCAUCAAACUCACCAGCAAGUUAUCUUUUGGAUUACUCUAAACGCGAAGCGGUUGCUCAAAUAUUGAACGAUGCAUUUUUGCAAGCAGAAAAGUGUCCACGUUUAUCCCGUUUAGAAUCGUUGGUGAAACAUUUGCAAGUUCUUCUUGAGAAAUUAGUAACGAUACAAGAUGCAGAAGCAUCUUUGCUUUCUUUGCAAGAUUUUCUAAUCCGGUAAUGGAUUGGCAAUGUAGCUUGAGUUAGAAAACAGAUUCGACUGUUUAAAGAAACUAGAAUCUAUAAAAGAGAUUCAUAGGAUUUCCAUGUAAGAUCU